AUGAUUAGAAGUAGCGACAUCACCAACGCAAUUGUUCAUCUGACAUCCUACGCUCCCACCGUGCUCACUACUAUACUCGGCACUGGAGACGCGGACACCACGUAUGCUGUUGACUUCCGCACCAACCAUCUCAAAUUCUCGUAUCCAUCCCGCGCUGAGGACUGCCUCCAUGCGUUGCUUGACAUCCUGCGCAGAAUAUUUCUGCCGCUGAAGUUCUUGCAUAGCCAGUGUGACACUUUGACCUCCGAGCAUGGCUGGUACAGCUGCAAGUACGGGAAGGAUGUGCAGUCAGCCAAGUUGCCAUGUACAAAGCACUCAAAGACUGAGACUGAGUGCCAACCUAGGUCACCACUUAUGUCGUUCCUUGGUGACUGUCUACCCGGCCACCUACCUCAUCAGUUAACAAGCGUCGGUUGUAGAGCCGAAUGUAAAUCAUGCCCCAAGGCGACACCUGGGCAGCCAUGUCUAACUCCCCUCGGCUUCAGAGGUUUCUCAGGAAGUACGAAGCUGGGUAAAGAGCUGGGUAACGUGCUGACCAAAUUCUUCAGUAACGGCAUCGCUACACCCUUACUCUCCUUCGUACCCAAACCGCCCAGCAGCUUGCCGGAACACUUCGGUUUUGCGUUGUAUUUAGUUAAGGGUUGGGGAGACGGUUCUAAAACGGCAGGCAAGAACGGCAUCCAGAGUUACGUUGAAGAUGCCAUGAAAGGUCAGUCGAUUAAUCUUUAUUCCGACACAGCUCCACUCACUAAUGCGCUGACAAAAGCGUAUGAUGAUGCGCGAAGUACUCACGCAGAUAUGAAACAUCUUCCUCCGUAUGCUGAGUUGGCGAGCCUGUCAAUGAGAAUUCCAUGCUACGACCGAAAUCAGAAGGCUCUGUGCGCCCCCUAUCUCUCCUCUGUCUGCGGAGAUUCAUAUGGUUACUUUGCCAAGAAACACGCCAACCUCUACCUCUCCUGGGCCGUCUACCUCCCGUGGACAUUCUGGGAUCUGCUCAACAACCUCUACAACGCCUUCUGCUCCAUCAACUGCCAGGACUGGGGAUGCCGUGGAUGUCUGAGGGGGGAUAAGUGCAAGAAGGGGGAGCAUGGUGUCAUCGAAGAUGUAACGAAGCCUAAUCCAACUUGUCCAUGCCUCUCCAUCGUUGACUGCAAAGGUGUCGCACCAACGCUCUACCAGUAUGGUUUCGUCUUUGGUGAAGCGUCGACGCUGAAUGACAGUCAAUCGCCGAAGAAGUGCUCUGAUUUCUGUAGUCAGUUGAAGAAUGUGCUCAAUUCGAAAUAUUUCCAAAAGUUGUUCGAAGAGUGUGACAAUUUCCUUUGGAUCAUCAGACAACCCUUCAUCUGGCUGAACGUCGCCCUCUGGCUCCUCUCCUUGUUGUACCUCCUCCACAUCAUGGUCAUCCGCCUCGACCUCCUCCACAUCAAAUCGCAUUUGCAUAGUCCCUCGAGUCAUAGAAUUGCUGCUCAAUCACUACUUGCUGCUGGACGUGUUAACAAACUGGGCAAAGUGUUUUACCUGCAGCCUUAA